AUUCACUGAGUAAAUAUGUUUCUCCUUGACCAACAUUGAGCGGCUUCGUUCGUGUUUAUUCGGCUUCUAUUCGGGCUUAUUCGUGUUUCUUUAUUUAUUUGUCUCGCUUGUGUCUGCGCUCGGUGCUGAUGGUCGCGAUCUGCCGCUUAAUUUGUCCUACAAACGGAUAAUAAUAACAGUGACACUGAAUCUAGAUAGAAACAGAUGCAUUGAAGAGCUGUAAUUAAACUGUAAUUCAGACCAAUACGCGCUUUUUACAAGAGAGGAAGUUCUGCUAUUCGACACUUCAGGGUUUUUUCUAAAGCGGAUUACGGAAGAUAAACUAUAACGCCAUUCAACAUGAUUUUAUCAUCAUGUUAACAGUAAAAAGAGUCUGAACAUCAGCAGUGUGUGUGUGUUUGGCUCUGUGUGGCCCGCUGGAUCCGGCUUUAUCAGGACUCAGUUGAUGGGGCUCUGCUGGGGUCAUGAUGACGGGGAAGUAUUUCUUUAGUGAGACGGACAUCAAGAGCGCGUGGGAGCAGGUGUUGACAGCCUUCUGGCAGAGAUACCCGAACCCGUACAGCACUCAUGUUCUGACGGAGGAUGUACUUUACCGCGAGGUGACGUCAGAUAACCUUCUCCUGACCCGACGGCUCCUAACGAAGACCAACCGUCUCCCUCGUUGGGCGGAGCGCGUUUUUCCAGGGAAUCUGUCACGUUCGGUUUACAUCAUCGAGGAUUCUGUGGUUGAUCUCGGAAAUAGGAGCCUCACAACGCUGACCUGGAACGUAAAUCAUGCUAAACUAAUGCGUGUGGUGGAGCGUUGUGUGUUCGCGGGCGAGCAGGACCGGCCUGUUUGGACGCGGCUCACCAGAGAAGCCUGGAUCUCAUCAGGAGUCUUCGGCCUCUCCAGGCCCAUUCAGGAGUUUGGUUUGGCCAGAUUCAAGAGUAAUCAGAUGAAAGCCAUGAAGGGUUUGGAGCACGCGCUGUCCAAUCUACAGAAAGCAUCGGCCGCGUGUCAUGGAGAAUCUGCAGAGAAACACAAAAACCUGAAUUCAGCCUCCAAACCCCAGAAACCUCAGCAGUACAUAUGAUCAACAUGAACAAAGAGUGAAUUUCAUGAUCAUAUCAGGUCACCCCAAAAAUUCAGAAGAAACAUUUUUAGGAAUAUUACAAUUUGUUUGAUCAAAACAUUAUUUUUUAGGACAGUUACAUUCCCCCUACUUCUCAUGACUGCUAUGCAAAACGAUCAUUUAAACUGUGAAGUAUUUAUUUAUAUAUCAUUGUAGCAUUUGUUGUACUGCCUUUAAGCUCAUUUCAUUUUUUUAUGAAUCACUGUAUUGCAAAACUGUUUAACUAUACAGAAAGAAAUUACAAUAAUCUCUGAGAAGCUAAGUUUAUAUCAUAACUCUUGAGUUUAUAUCUUUCUAUUCUAAGUUUAAAUCUUGCAAAACUUUUUUUUUAUAUUGCAGUUCUCAGUUUAUAUCUUGUCAUUUUUUGAUUUAAAUCUCAUAAUUCUGAGUCUGAACCUUGCAAAACUGAGUUUACCUCACAAUUCUCAUUUUAAAUCUUGUAAUUCUGAGUUUAAAUCUCACAAUUAUGAGUUUAAAUCUCGCUAAACUAGUUUAAAUCUAAAUUCUGAGUUUAAAUCUCGUAAUAUUGAGUUUAAAUCUGACAAUUCUUAGUUUAAAUCUGGCAAAACUAGUUUAAAUCUCAAUUCUGAGUUUAAAUCUUGUAAUUCUAAGUUGAAAUCUCACAAAACUGAGUUUAUAUUUUCAUUCUGAGUUUAUAUCACAAAAUUGAAAGUUUAUAUCUUGCAAUUCUGAGUUUAUAUUGCAGUUCAGAUUUUUUUAAAUCACAAUUUGGAGUUAAAAUUUCGCAAUUCUGAGUUUGUAAUUUUCAAUGCUAAGUUUAAAACUCACAACUGUUUUAUGUUUCUGCCACAGAAUUAAAAAAAGCCAACUAAAACUUAAUUCUGACUUUUCUCCUCAGAAUUGGGAGUUUAUAUCUUAAAAAAAGUCGAGAAAAAAAACAAAAAACAAAUGUGGGAUAAAAAGUUGCAAUUACAUGUUUUUAGUUUUUUUUUAUCCCUCUGCAGAAAUAUGACCAUGACAUGUUUUCAUGAGAUUCACCCAUAAAACAAAGAACUUACCCAGAGAAUCCUGCGACGUGACCUUAUUUCAUGGCUGCUAAGAUAAGUAACGGUAAAGCUCAGGUAACGGUGAAUGUGAAGACUGAAGAUUAAGCUCGCUGUGGAGAUCGUGCUGUCCUCUACCAUAUUGUUUAGAAAUUUAAUUAGAAAACUCAGGGACAGAUAAUUCGCAGUUGUUUACGAUUGACACCCUGCAGUGUGUUUCUGACAUAACGCACAGCAGAAUGUGCUGUCCUAGUUUAUAUAUACAGUGCGGUCCAAAAAAAAAAAAAAAAAAAAAAACACAGAUUUUCUUCUUCCACUGAAGCUCAAGAUGAUCUCAAAUCAUGCUGGAGAAGAUUCUCACUCAUUUUCACUCAAAAUGUUAUUCUGAUCAUAUCAUUUGUACUGAAAAAAGUUUAAUUAGAAAUAUUUUUACUAGUGGUCUCAGACUUUUGGACCCUACUGUAUUAGAAUUUACAAUCAUAAAAUACACUGCUGUAACACAUAUCAAUUUAUCAAAUCAGUUAUGAGUUCAUAUCAAAUAAUUCACUGAACUUCAGGUCACAAGUUUAAAGCGAUCAGUCUCUUACAGCUGUGCCUCUUAACUGUUUUAAUUAGUUUGUAGUCUAAUAAUAUGAGAAAAUGCACCAUAUAAUGUAAUUUUAAGAAUGUUUUAAUUUAUUAAAUUGUUGAUAAUGUUGAUUAUUGAUAUGUUUGUAAUUGCAUUCCUUCACAAAUGCUUUAGUGUAAAACUUAAGAAAAUAUUUUAGAAUAAAGAUUACUGUUGUGAAAAUGAAUUUGACUGUUCUGUAACUGUAUUACUUUUGCUUUUGCUUGAAAAAAUGAGACAUGAAACUUUAAAUAAAGAAACAAAUGAUGAAA